AUGGGAUCUGCACCACCGGCUAAAGCCACCGAUGCUGUCCUGGUACCUUCGGAACCUGUUGCUGAUGGAGCCCAACAGGUCAAGGGCAUCGACUGGAUGUCCUUGCCAGACGAACAGCGGACCAUCAUCUCAAAUUUCAUCGACCAACUCACCGGACAAGGUUUCCAAUCCAGUUCAAUAGGCGAUGCGAUCCGUAUCAUCAAUGACAUGAGAUCAUGGAGAGACGCCGAGUCAGGCGAGAAAACCACCAUUUUUCUGGGUUACACUUCCAACAUGAUAUCCUCAGGCCUGCGCGACACCUUCCGCUAUCUUGUCCAGCAUCGCCAUGUGUCGGCCAUUGUCACCACCGCCGGGGGUGUUGAGGAGGACUUCAUCAAAUGUCUGGCUCCGACAUACUUAGGCUCCUUCUCUGCCUCGGGGGCAGCCCUUCGAGCCAAGGGACUGAACCGCAUCGGUAACUUGAUCGUCCCCAACAACAACUAUUGCGCCUUCGAGGACUGGAUAAUUCCCAUCCUAGACAAGAUGUUGGCAGAGCAGGAAGAGGAGUUUGCAAAGUCCGGUGAACGAUUCAUGUGGACUCCCAGCACCAUCAUCCGUCGGCUCGGCAAAGAGAUCAAUGACGAAUCAUCGGUAUACUACUGGGCAUACAAGAACGACAUUCCGGUCUUUUGUCCCGCCCUGACGGACGGCAGCCUCGGAGACAUGAUCUACUUCCAUUCCUUCAAAGCGUCCCCUCUGCAUCUCGGCAUCGACAUAGCCAAAGACAUUCGAAAAAUCAACACAAUUGCCGUGCGGGCGAAGCGGGCAGGCAUGAUUAUCCUCGGGGGUGGGAUUAUCAAACAUCACAUAGCUAACGCGUGUCUCAUGCGGAAUGGCGCCGAAAGUGCCGUCUAUGUCAAUACUGCACAGGAGUUCGAUGGGAGCGAUGCUGGUGCCAGACCGGAUGAGGCAGUGAGUUGGGGCAAAAUCAAAGCCGAUGGGGACGGUGUUAAGGUCUAUGUUGAAGCUACAAUCAGCUUCCCCUUGAUUGUGGCCGCGACUUUUGCAAAACCAGAACCAAAAUCAUGA